GUGUGGAUCUCCACGGUUGGUUCUUCCUCCGCUCCUCCCGGGCUGCGGUCAGCGUUCCCUUCUCCAUCGGAAUGAUUCUACGCCAGAGGAGCGACUUUCCUCCUCCUGCAUCAUCCACCUCUCUCUGCUCCUCCACCCUAUCCUCCUGUUCCUCACCGGCUGCUGUUUCCUCUGCAGGCUCGGAUUUAGGUUCAUCACAGGAGUCGAUUUAAAACGCAUUUAAAGCAGAUGUGCCGAGCCCGACUUCAGCCUCCUUCUCUCUGGUCUGAAUUCUGCAAAUCAGUGAAGUGGGUCUUCAGGAACAGCGAUGGCAUCCUGCACGUCUCGAACUGACACCAUACAAUUGUAGAAUGCAUUCUCUGCUGAAGACGGUGUUGUUAGCGCUGAUAGCGUCGGUGGUGCUGCUGAUGGCCGUGCUGCACUCAUGGCCCACUCGAGCCUACAGCACCGUGGACGUACGACAGAGGCCCGGUUCGGGAGUCGAGCGGCUGCUGGAGGAGAGACUUCCCGAUCCAGACCCAAGCACCGGCUCCAUCCCGUACCGUGUGAAAGAGAACGUCGCAGGGCUUCUGGCUCGUAAUGGCUGUGUGUGUGAGGGUGAGAAGGCCAGCGUGAAUUUACCUUUCGCCAAACUGCUGUUCCCACGGGUGUCUGCCCACCCGCUGCACACUGCCUUCCAGCCUUCUCAGCUCGAUGAAAUGAAGAGACGCCGUGCCAAAGAGUACCAAGGCUUCCAAAUGAGGUCACAGACCCCUGCUGAUUUACUGAUCGUAGCUGAAGCUAACAGCCCGCUACAGUAUCCGACGCAGGGUGUGGAGGUGCGGCCGCUCAAGACUAUUCUUAUACCAGGAUUGGCCUUAAAAGACCUGCCAAGAGACGUUUACACUCUGAAUUUCUCGGCAUCUCUCGGUACGUUUAACGUCGCCGGAGAGGUCGAAGGGGUAAAGGUCAGAGGUGAUGGUGAGAUGCACAUGACGCUGGCCAGCUUCCUGUUACCCAACCUGAACCGCCAGCUUCAGUUCAUCACGUACACAAACACACUGUUCCACCCCAGCACCGCCGACACAGUGCAGUUAGAGACAGAGGGGCAUCAGGCUCUUUUCACCGUCAAAAUCCGUCACGGCGUGACCCCCAAACUGUACAACACAGGCUCCGACGGAGAUAAAGCGGAGUACAACAUCAGUGCUCUUGUGACGAUCGCCACCAAAACCUUCCUGCGCUAUAACAAGCUCCAGGACCUGAUUGACAGCAUACGGCUCUACUACCCCACUGUUACCAUAGUGAUAGCCGACGACAGCGAAAACCCCAGGGUGGUGUCCGGCCCGUACAUCGAGCAUUACAUCAUGCCCUUCGGAAAGGGUUGGUUUGCAGGUCGUAAUCUGGCCGUGUCCCAGGUCACCACCAAGUACGUGCUGUGGGUGGACGACGAUUUCAUCUUCACUGCCAACACCAAGCUGGAGAAACUGGUGGACGUUCUGGAGAAGACCACUCUCGACCUGGUGGGCGGUGCUGUGCGUGAAGCUACAGGCUACACCUCCACCUACAGGCAGACCAUCUCUAUCGAAGCCGGAGAGGAGGAUGGAGAUUGUCUCCACAUGAGACGAGGUUUCCAUCACAUCAUCCAGGGCUUCCCCAACUGCGUGGUCACUGACGGAGUCAUCAACUUUUUCCUGGCUCGGACAGACAAGGUUCGACAGGUGGGCUUCGAUCCCCGGCUGGCUCGCGUCGCCCACCUCGAGUUUUUCAUAGAUGGCCUGGGUUUGCUCCACGUUGGCUCGUGUGAUGAUGUCAUCGUGAACCACGCCACCAAGAUCAAGCUUCCAUGGGGUCAAUCAGAGAGCGACAAAGCCUACGCAAAGUUCCGUUACCCUCCGGCCUCUUCGGACGCCACGCGUACGAAAAACGGCCUCUUGUACUUCAAAAACCGCUUCCAGUGUCUCACACACAACUGAACACCCACCUCACCUCACCUCACCUCACCCUCCUAUCCCUGGCUCUGUCUUCCUCUCCCAAAAGACUUCUCUUUUUUUGUGAGUAGCUAAAGAGAGUCUUUGAGGGGACUCGGGGGUCAUGUGGGGUCGUCUACGCCGUCACUUCCCUCAUUUUAGCGUGGGAACGAAAAAAUAUAUAGUCUCCUCCAUUUGGAGGCGCCUUAACGUCGUUAAAAUGUGACUGACGGCUGAGAGAUAACGGUCACGAGUUUGUUUAGUUUUAAAAAGAAGUUAAGAUUAUAUCGGUGUUCUGUUUUGUUUGAAUGUUUUAUUUUUUUGAGAGACUUUAGCUACAGACACAUUUCUAUGUUUCUACGUCUCAAGUGCUCGUUGAUUCUCUUCCGCCAGUCACGGUUAAAGAUCGUUCCUCUAGAUGUUUUUAAGGGAAACUUUGAAUUGAAUUUCCUUCACGAUGACUGACGGAAAGAAAGAGGGAAAGAAACUUCUUUAUUUGAAGCUGAAACGCUAUAAAAGUUAAAAUUUGGACGAUGGACACUUUUUUCUUUUUUACCCUUAAGCACCGAAAAGAAGCUCUCGAAGGUGCAGUCUGUGAUUCGAGUUAAGCCCUGCCCUCAUAAAGACACGCCCCCAAACCAAGACUAGAAUGCCUGAGUGCAAAUACGAGAGGCGGAGCUUCCUGAAUUCCUGACGGGCAAGUAGAGACGCCUCCUUGUCCUGAUUGGUCGAUGUUGGUGGUCCAUAUCAUGUGUUUACAGUCUGAGGAGAAACCAGACAUUACACAUCACUGAGCGCAGCUUUAACAGCACUUCACUGACACUUUCUUUUGAAUUACAUUGUGUGUGUACGUUAGUGUAUGCGUGUGUACGCGUGUGUAUGCGUGUGUACGUGUGUGUACGUGUGUGUUCGUGUGUGUGUACGUUUGUGCUUGAGGGUCUUCUCUCCAAAUGUUUGCACUAAAACAAAUAGACACACUGGAGAGAUCACACCCCAGGUUCCUUCAGUAGGACAUGAACAGACCUGGCCCUUCUUCACCCGUGUUUCAGGAACCAGUCCAUGAUCAGAUAUUUCCAUUACUGAGUGAGUCAUACUGUAACUAACGGCCUCUGCUGGAGCUAUAUGUGGGCAGAGCUAAACAGUUAUCGGUUUAACAUCAUUCCAAGAAAUACGAUAAAGAUCAUUUUGACAGAAUAAUGAAGUUAUAUUUAAAAAUGGCAGUAAUUUAAAUGAUCUUUGAAUUGAAAUAGAUAAUAAAACAGAUCGUGUCCCUGGGGUUUACAUCACUGCCCUGGUAUUCGGGUUAUAGAAACUACUGUUUUUAUUUAUUUAUUUUUAACCUUAGCAGUGCUUGCUAAUUGUUAACAACCUUGUUACUGGAAAAUGUUAUAAAUGAGAUAGCUGUGAUGACAUUACUUAUAGCAAAGCCACUAAAAGAAAUCAGAUUAGUGAGUGACUCAUGUAGAGUUUCAAAUUGUUGUUCAAAACCUGGAUUAUUUAUUUAUUUAUUUUCCGAUAUCAGAUUGUUUUGCACAGUGUCCUCUGUUGCCAUAGGAACAGCAAUAUCUGGAGUACAUCAUACAGAGAUGGAAGGUCCAGGUCAUCUCUGCCAGGUUUCUACUCAUUAAAUGUGUUUGAUGGAGUCUGUGAUGGAGGAUGGGAGAUGUUUGUAUGGGAUUAGUUUGACAUAGCUCUGGGAUUUGAGAUCCUUCCAGAUCUCUACUGCUUCUGUAAACUGAGCAGUAGAAUGAACCGCAGGUAAUAUACGGUAUCAUCGUACGUCCCGUCUGAAUGGGCGUGUCGGUAGAGAUCGUGUUACGUUCCUUGGGAAAAGGAGCUUUUGCUUUUUUCUUCAGUAUAAAGUCGCUCCAGGAAGAGCUCGUCUCUCUUCUUCUUCUUUUUUUUAAAUCGAAAAACAAAAUGAAACCGCGUUUAAAAAUGUAAAACUGUCAAUCACAGACAGUGUUUAAAAGGGCGUGUCCAAGACGCAAUGCUUCCUAGUUCUUGAGCUCCUAGCACAGGUACAGAUUACAGAUAUGUCAUUAUGCUCAUGUGAUUUACUAAUGAGCACGGGCAACUUGUCUGGCCACGCCCCUUACAACAAGCGUUUAUAAUAAAGGACUAAAGAACAGUUUGUAUAAGUGUAAAAUGAGGGAUGUGUGUGUAGUACGCAUGGGAUUUUUUAGAUGAUGAAGACAAGCCCGUUUCUGUGAUUUAUACAGAGAUACACACUAAUCCCAUGUGAAUCGAUUAACAGACAUAAAGUCUCAAAAACAAAUCCAUCCAGAUACUGACAUCAGGUUUACCGUAAGAUUAAGCAAGUGCUAACACUACCAUCGUAUCAGAAAUGAUCUCCCUGUGUUUCAGCCUCCAGACGAAUUCGUUCUGCUGGCACGGGUGCUGUGAUAUGAUGGGAAACAGACACAGGAACUCGGUCAUGCUAUGGCUGGGUCUACACUGGGACGCGUAACCCCACUGCACUGUCCUGUGGAUACUCAGACAGAGGAUCUGUAGACGGGAACUGUCUUUGAUUUGUCAGUCUCGUCUCGGGGAACUGUGUUUAUUCGUCAGAAUGCAGCCUUCCCUCACAGGACUGAAGCACGCAGUCCCGUUUCCCAGAUGCACAUUUAAAAACCCUGUUUUUCCUUUCUGUAACUCAGUUUGAUACCUGAAAGUCUCCGUGCCACUUCAAAAUCCAAAAUUAAACCCCUAACGUCCUCAGUUGUGGUAGUCCAAGUGGUCUGGGGAGCAACAGGGGCCUUUAAUUACAGUGGUGCAGCAUUAUAAACAUUAUUAUAAUUUAAAUAAUAAUAAUUAUUAGCCUGUUCACAUGGACUGGUCACAUGACUCAAACACAUAACUUCUAAAUUAUGUUUACUUGAAUCUGCAAUUUGAUUAAAAACAUGUUCUGUGGGUGAAGAUCAGGAAUAAAAAGCUUUAUGGCUACAGUAUCAGAAAUAUUAGUGUGUACGUUUAAAUAACGAGUAUGAUAUUGAAAGUAGUUAAAUUGUGUCCUGGUGCAGGUCCGUGGAAGUUAUUUUGCUGUGUCCCUGGCUGCAAAAGGUUUGAGAAGCCCUGCGUAUAGAAAAAGAAAAGCGCUAAGCACACCAUCAGACACCUGGGGGCGCUGAUCACAAAGAUUUUAUGGUAAAACUUUUUGACCACACUGGAGCCACGCCCCUUUGAUUUGUGUUGGAAGAUGUCAACAUUCUUGUUAAGAUGAUUUAAGUGACUUGUGUUUGUUUAUACGUGGUUAUUGAGAAGUCCUGUUUAAUUCGUUUUUGGCGGGUUAAAUUGUUAAUUUAUGCUAAUUUAGAAUCUGUUAGACUAAAACCUUGACCUUUCACACGUGUACUUCUGGACAGCUGCUGGUUUGUAUUUUACCAAUUGUUUGUUACACCAAAAACAACAACAAAAAACAAACAAAACAAAAAAAAAAAAAAACAAAGAAGACAGUUAUGCAAUGAAUAGGAUUUAUUUAUUGAUUUAUUUAUUGAUUUAUUUAUUGAUUUAUUUAUUGUGCCAUGCAGUGCAUUUCCUGUUCAUGUCUCCUCAAAAUAUACAAAAGUAAGGAGCAGGAAUUAAAGGAAAGAAUUCCAAAAGAAACACAACUUUGAGGGAACUUUUAUGAGAGGCUCCUGUGGCUGUGGAUAACCCGAGCUGGACAGAGUGGUGAGAGCUUGGGAUGGACUCUAGAGAUGGUGCUGAAUGCAGUUUAAACUCCACACAUGGUCCUGUGAACUCACUUCCUGUCUGUGUGUGCAUGCGUCCAUUCUUUUCACCACUAGGUGGCGAUACAUAAAAAAAGAACACUCCAAACACCACCCCCCCCCCACGCCCCCACCGGGAGAGAAAAGCAACAACAGCAACGAAAUAUCACUCAUCCUAUUUUUUGUGAAUGUUUAAGAUCCUCUGGAACUGUUACCGAAUGAGAUAAAAAAUUUUAAAUCUCUUGGCCCUGCUGAAUUUUUUAUUUUGUAAAUGUUUUUUUUUUUUUUUUGGCAAACUUCAUAAGAAAGCAGUGCAUAUGAUGAUAUUGAUUAGUACAGAUACAUGAAAACAUCUGUGAGUAUUUUCAGACUUGUUUAUGCAGAAAUUCAGGGGUAACAACUACAAUAAAACACAAAACGAAUCCAUAAAAAAGUGGGAAUUUAAACAUUUAGACAAAGGAACGCUCUCAGAGUUGUGCAACAGCACAUCAUCACUCUGAUUUUUACUAAAGUCCCAUUUUAAUCUAAAAGAAAAAUUUUCUCAGCACUUCUGUGUAACGUUACAUUCACACUAGCGAGAGACCAGUCGCUUGUGUAGUUUGUAGUUGAUCUCUUGUGGGCGUGGCCUGUCCAAUUAUUAUUAUUAUUUUUUAGUUCUGAUGAGAAAGUAGCAGAUGA